AUGGAAUCCAACGUCCCCUUCACGCUCGACCUCCCAACAUGCCUGUGCACGGCAUUCGCACUGUCCAUGAUGCCAAUUGCCUACUUCUUCAGCACGGCCUUGAUCCCCUCCACCCAGAAGCGCAACCGCUUCCUCUUCUUCUGGCACGCCUACGAUGCCCUCACCCACCUCUUCGUCGAAGGCUCCUUCCUCUACGAAUGCUUCACCAGCUACGUCUCCGUCCCCGCCGCCCUCAACCGUGAACCCUUCUUCCUCGGCCAGAAGGACCGCGUCUACGGCGCUGCGUAUGGCACGGGCCCCAGUGCGCGCCUGUGGCAGGAAUAUGCAAAGGCAGAUUUCCGCUGGGCGACCGCGGACGCUAAUGUGGUUGCGCUGGAGCUUCUGACGGUUUUCCUCGGCGGACCGGCCGCUAUUUACAUUUGUUAUUUGCUGUGGAAGUCGUCGAGUAGCCGAGCCACGGUUUCGGCGCGUGGUGCGGCCAAGGCGAAGCUGUGGCUUGUUGCGCCAGCGUUGGCGACUGCUGAGUUGUAUGGGGGAUGGAUGACGUUUGCGCCGGAGUGGCUUACGGGGAGCUCGCAGUUGGAGACUGGGAAUGCGGUUUAUUUGUGGUUUUAUCUGUUCUUCUUUAACACGCUGUGGGUGUGGAUUCCGGUUUGGAUUUUGUGGGAGUCUGCUAAGGAGCUUCACGGUGCGUUCGUGACGGCUGAGGGGAGUGACGAGCGCAAAAGCCAGUAA